AUGGGUACGGGUCGGGAUUCUAAGACCCACGCUCUUACCCGUACCCCAGCUAUACCCGUGCCUUCGGUAAUUUUACCUCUCGUCCUCGCACACUCCUCAACUGCAACCGUCAUCAACGUCUUCGCUCGCCAUGCCACUAUCAACAUCUUCGCACCCAGCAUUCCCGCGUGCACGCUACAACCGGCACCACCACCAACACCGGCACCUAACGCGCCUUCCCAAGUCCACCAACUCCACGUUCACAGCGCGCGCGCCCGAAACGCAUCAACAAGUGUUGACGCGAUGCAAAUGCACGUGGACGACACGCAAAGACGAAAGGACAAGAGAAUCGAAGAAGGGAGAAGGGAUGGUAUAGAGAUGAAGGAGGAAAGAGGAACUCGAGGAGACGAGACUUUGGGCAUGCUGGAAGUGAGUACUCACAUUGAAGACUCUACCCCCAGCAACAACAACAAUGUCAUAUGCGUCACGUCGCCGGUGCCUAUCUUUGUGCACCCAGCACUCGCACCACCACCAGCACUCGCACCACCACCAGCUUUCAUGCCAACACCACCAUCCAUGACGCCAACACCACCAUCCGCGUCACCUUCGCCAUCAUUCACACCACCAUCUUUGUCAUUCGCGCCGGCACUAGCACAUACCCCAGCGACACCAUCACCAAUGACCACUACGCCAUUCCCAACGCGACGGAUGCCAUGCACGAAUGCCCAGCGCACGCCCCUCCUCCUUCUUCACUGGCGGAUCUAUGACCCGCGGGUACACCCUUGA